UUCACUGGAUGUUCUCUCUUCAUCAUCAGCAUCAAGCCUCCAGGUUUUUGAGAAGCACCAUGGGCGACCUAACUGAUUUGAAAUCUGAAAUCAAUGAUGCUUUAGAAAGUAACAAUGCAGCUUUAGCUGUUGAAAAGAUCCAGAAAUAUUUGGAAGAACAGAAAGUUGUUCCUGUAAAUAUCGCCAUCACUGGAGAGUCGGGCUCUGGUAAAUCCACCCUCGUCAAUGCUUUCAGAGGAAUUGACAACAGGGAUGAGAGAGCUGCUCCAACUGGCUGUGUAGAAACCACCACAGAGGUCACAUCCUACUCCCAUCCUAAACAUCCCAAUGUUACCAUAAGUGAUCUCCCUGGCAUCGGUACCACAAAUUUUCCAGCUGCCAGGUACCUGGAGCAUGUUGGAUUUGAAAAGUUUGACUUCUUCAUUAUUGUCUCAUCUGAUCGCUUCAGAGAAAACGAUGUGAAGCUGGCCACGGAGAUUCAGAGGAUGGGGAAGAAGUUCUAUUUUGUUCGCACAAAGAUUGACGACAAUAUGCGGGCUGAGCAGAGAACUCAGAGGGACUUUGAUGAAAAACAGACCCUCCAAAGGAUAAGGAACGACUGCAUUCAAGGUGAGGAUUGGUUUGGAGGGGAACAUCAUAGAACCGGGUUGCAACCUGGGUUGGUUUGA